AUGCCAGAAGCUUCCAGCUUCUCCACCUCCACCAGCAGGCCCUCCACCCCCACCCGAGUGCCCCUGCUGCACCUGCUGGUCCCUGCGGUCCCUGAUCCUGACCCAUAUGCUCCUUUGCUCCUAGGGAAGCACGCCCAGCCUCCCAACAGCCGCUGGCUCCCAAGCCAGAAUGGGAGUAACGCCGAGGCGACCCCGGCGGCAAACCUCACCUUCUCCUCCUACUACCAGCACUCCUCACCAGUGGCGGCCAUGUUCAUUGUGGCCUAUGUGCUCAUCUUCCUCCUCUGCAUGGUGGGCAACGCUCUGGUCUGCUUCAUCGUGCUCAAGAACCGGCACAUGCGCACCGUCACCAACAUGUUUAUCCUCAACCUGGCCGUCAGUGACCUGCUGGUGGGCAUCUUCUGCAUGCCCACCACCCUUGUGGACAACCUCAUCACUGGGUGGCCCUUCGACAACGCCACGUGCAAGAUGAGCGGCUUGGUGCAGGGCAUGUCCGUGUCGGCUUCUGUUUUCACACUGGUGGCCAUUGCUGUGGAAAGGUUCCGCUGCAUCGUGCACCCUUUCCGCGAGAAGCUGACCCUGCGGGAGGCGCUGGUCACCAUCGCGGUCAUCUGGGCCCUGGCCCUGCUCAUCAUGUGCCCCUCGGCCGUCACGCUGACCGUCACGCGCGAGGAGCACCACUUCAUGGUGGACGCCCGCAACCGCUCCUACCCGCUCUACUCGUGCUGGGAGGCCUGGCCCGAGAAGGGCAUGCGCAAGGUCUACACCACCGUGCUUUUCUCGCACAUCUACCUGGCGCCACUCGCGCUCAUCGUGGUCAUGUACGCCCGCAUCGCCCGCAAGCUCUUCCAGGCCUCGGGCCCGGGCCGGGCGGGCGGGGCGGCGGCGGAGGGCGGGCGCGGGGCCCGGCGCAGGGCGCGCGUGGUGCACAUGCUGGCCAUGGUGGCGCUGUUCUUCACGCUGUCCUGGCUGCCGCUCUGGGCGCUGCUGCUGCUCAUCGACUACGGGCACCUCAGCGAGCCGCAGCUGCAUCUGGUCACCGUCUACGCCUUCCCCUUCGCGCACUGGCUGGCCUUCUUCAACAGCAGCGCCAACCCCAUCAUCUACGGCUACUUCAACGAGAACUUCCGCCGCGGUUUCCAGGCCGCCUUCCGCGCGCAGCUCUGCCCGCCGCCCUGGGGGAGCCAUAGGGCGGCCUACUCGGAGCGGCGGGGCCGGCUCGUGCGCGCACGGGUCUUCGUGGAGGUGCCGCCCAGCGACUCGGGCCUGCCCUCUGAGUCGGGGCCGAGCAGUGGGGCCCCCAGGCCUGGCCGCCUCCCGCUGCGCAAUGGCCGGGUGGCCCACCAUGGCAUGGCCGGGGAGGAUCCCAGCUGCUCCCAUCUGCCCCUCACCGUCCCUGCCUGGGACAUUUGAGUGGUACACGGAGGACGGGCCCUGAACCUGAGGGCGCCGACUGGACAUGUGAUUCCUGGACCUGAAAGCAGCCCAGUGUGGUUUUGAAGAGAGUACCAUAGUGCCUGUUUCUCGAAUACAAGGCAGUGGGCCGCUGCUAGUGAUCUCUGCUACCUUCCCCCUCAGAUAGAGGCCAAGGAGGGCAAGGGAAGAGGAGCCAAGUUUCCCCAAAACCCUUCUGUGUGGUGGGCGCCACAACCGUCAUCUCGUGAAUCCUCACAAUGCUUUGGGAAUAGGCUUUCUUAUCCCCCUUCUACAGAUGGGAAACUGAGGCCUGGAGAGGAGACGAGGCCAGCCCACUCUCACAGCUGGAAAUCUCACAGGGCCUGAUUCCAGGGCCUGUUUGGUUUUUACCAUCUCACCUUUCUCCAGAGGGGCCCCUUAAGGAGGAGCACAGUGAAAUGUGUAAAUCCUCAUUAGGCAGCUGGGAAGAAGCAGAAAGAAAAGCUGGCCUGUCCAUUUGAUGCUUUGUGUUGGUGUCCUGGAGUCCCUUAUGUAUUACUGAAGCCACCUUCCUUGACCUCUUCCCACAAGAACAUGGUGCGCCCCUCCUGCCAGCUCUGCGUAGGUUUGUCUUUGUUCCAAGAGGUGCCCAGGGCCAUUCUCUUCCUAAGUACUACAUCAGGACGUCAUGUCUGAGCAGCUGCAGAAUGAACCCCCGGGAGUCUUGCCCUCCAGGUGUUGCCCUCCCGGUCUGAGCCCAGAGAAGGGCCGGGUGAGCUCUGUUCUCUCUCCUUUCCUCAUAGGGCCCACUGCCAUCCCCCAGGCCCAACAAGAACUCAUAAUGCAACAGGCAGCUGCAAGGCCACAGGGAGGCGUGGGUUUAUUUAUUCAUGGACAGGAGAAAGGGAGAACACAGUAUCCCCUUUCAGCCUUUGGAAAUGUAGCUGCUCACUGGAGCUGCAAGCACAAAGCCUUCCCCAAGGCCUCUUUUUCCCUGCUGCCUCUGGGGAAUGGGCGGAGAAGUUGACCAAGGGAAGCUGUGGUGCCCUUUGGGGCUUCAUGGAGGACAAACACUAAACCCCUUUCCAACACAGAUAACUCAUGUACCCUAAAAAGGGUUGGGGAUCAGGAAGUCCCUUGUGUACUUGGCUCUCACUCAGCACACCUACAUGAGCUUGAAGAAAGGAGACUGCUCCUGAGAUGGAAGGAGAUGGGACUGACUCGGUGGUCCUUGCACGGCCCCAAUAACCUGCAGUUAACUGGACAUUUCCCCCUCAUCUCUAUGGAAGACAAAGUGUUGCUAGAGUUUUAGUGAAUAAAAAAGAACAUUUCCAGGGGGCUGGCCCCGUGGCCGAGUGGUUAAGUUCG